GAAGUACUUCGUUGAGUCGUUCUCCGAUUCCUUGAACUAAAGCUUAUUUAAGAGUUCAUCAAACUUGAGGUGUGCCCAUAAUACAUGGAACCCGUGAUUCAUUACCUCUACUACAUUCUGCUGCUAGUUGUAUCUUGCCGGUUCAUUUGAUGCAAUAUGAGUUCCGCUGCUUUACGUGUAGAAGCUACCCUGCGUUUGGAACUGUUGAAGUUGUUGCAAUAAAGCUUUUCUUGGACAAGAUGGACUUUCUGGAGAAUGCACUAGCUCCUUCAUACAAAUCAGCCCUCCUCUUGAUAGAAAAAUCAUUACUGACCCCAGCAUCAAGUAUGAAAUUCACUACUGUUAAUCUUCUUUUGAUGUUUCUGUUAUAUAAUUUAUUAGUCUCUGGAAAGAAAAAAGGAUGGCACCAUGUAACUAAAUUAUUAACCGUUGGAGGUUCUUUGCACCACACCUCCUCAUGCAAUUUCAACAGGUCUACAUCAUUAGAUGCAUUCCAUGGGUGUUUCUGUUUAGAUUUGGGGAAUCGAGGGUGUAGGAUCAUUGCUCUGGCUGCCUAAUUAUUUAAGCCCAAGAAAGUAGAAUGAAGAACUGUUUACUUUUCCAUUGGUUUCAAUGUCAAAGCAAAAGCAGUAGCACAUUCUCUUUUGUCACAUAGAGAUGUUUAUAUGGCCAGCAAUCGCAUUCGCUUUUCUUCGAAUAGUGCGUGCAUUAUCAUACCACAUUUCAUCUUGAGGGAUAUUUUCCAGAGGCUUAAUGGUUUUGUGAGAUUUCUUUUCUAGAGAAUAAUCGUUUCAGGUAUCAUGAAUGGACAUAAUUGAUAACUCUUUCCAACUUAUAAGAGAAGGAAUAGAGUUUCUCUUGGAUAUCCAUUUGGAUGCAGUCAAUAUUUACUCACAUGCAUUUUAUUUAUUUGCUCACUGAAUGUGUAAGAAAAUCAUCUCAUGUUUCUGUAGGUUAAGGAGAUGUUGCCCCCCUGCUUGAUCUCGACAACAGCAGCAUGGAGAGUGGCUUCAAGUUUCAGCAAUGACAGCGGUUGCUAAGAUCAUAGAAGUCGCAAAUAUCCUUUGUGUGAAGUUGCAAACUUUCAUUCAAUGCUUAACCGGACAAAGGGCUGUUGUGUUAAAUGCUGCCAUGAGGUCUGUUGCUGAUUUGUAAUGGAUCUGAAGGAUAUAAUUAAUGUGGAGAUGUCACUGCAGUGCGUGUUGUUGAGAUAGUUGAGAUGUUGAGAGUAGGGGAGAAGCUACCGGUAAGGAAGUCGUCCUGAAAUUGGUCUCUUAGUGUGAAAAGAAAUUCAUGGGAAUUGCAUCUUUUCUACAUAAUUAGUUGUAGUAGAUCAUUUAGCAAUGAAUUGGGUCCUGCAGAGUAAGCUGUAUAAACUCCCUCAACUGGCAUUGGCUCAUCGUCUUCAGGCCACUCGGCUAUUCAUCGACGCCCGAGUCAAAUGGGUUCGUGAUCCGUUCCUUGACACUGCCGUCGAGAAGGAGAAAGACCUCAAGCCCCUGUGCUCUCUCCUCCACCACAUCCUCUCCUCCCCCUCCCUCUCCCUCCCCCUCUCCUCCGCUUCCCUCCUCCAUCUCCCUUCCUCCGCCACCACCUCCACCGCUGCCUCCUUCUUCCUCAAAUACCCCUCCGUCUUCACCAUCUUCCAGCCCAGCCCCGGCCUCCCUCUCCAUGUCAGGCUCGCCCCUUCUGCCCUCUCCAUCCACCGCCAAGAGUCUGCCCUCCACCUCUCCCCAUCCACCCGCCACUCUGCCGCCACCCGCCUUGCCAAGCUCUUGAUGCUCACUGGUUCUUUGGCUUUGCCCUUCCAUAUCAUUGAUAAGUUCAGGUGGGACUUGGGCUUGCCUCCUAAUUAUGUCCCUGACCUCCUCUCCGAUUAUCCCGAUUACUUCAAUGUUCGCGCUGUCAAGGAUGAGGCCACGGGCAAAGAAUUGCUUGCGCUGGAGCUUGUGUCCUGGAGAGACGAGCUGGCUGUGUCAUCAUUGCAGGAGAGGGUGAGAGACGGGGACUUCAAUGGGAAACCAGGAAAGCGCAUCAGGUUCUCGAUGAAUUUCCCCAGAGGGUUUGAUCUGGAGAAGAGGGUCAAGGCUUGGGUGGAUCGGUGGCAGGACUUACCCUACAUAUCACCUUAUGAGGAUGGUUUCCAUCUGGCGCCCAGUGGUGAUCAGGCAGAGAAGUGGAUGGUGGCUGUCCUCCACGAGUUGCUGUGGCUCCUCCUGUCGAAGAAGACAGAACGGGACAACUUGCUUUGCUGGGGGGAGUAUAUGGGUUUUGGAACACGGUUCAAGAAGGUAUUGGCUCAUCAUCCAGGCAUCUUUUACAUAUCCAAUAAGUUGAAGACCCAGACUGUGGUGCUCAGGGAGGCUUACAGGAAGGAUUUCUUGGUGGAGCGGCAUCCCUUGAUGGGUAUGAGGCAUCGCUACAUUUAUCUCAUGAGUAAAGCCAAGAAAUCGCAGAAGUCUAGGACGAUCAGGAAGCGAGCCAUUAGCUUUUAAAAGUUUGCUGGGUAGAGAAGGACAACCGUGUACACAAUGCAGAUGGAAGAGAAAUGACGGAUAGAUUUCCACUUGCUGGAUUGGGUGAAGCUAGUAUACAGCAAUGAUGAGGCAACUGAAACGUAGAUGUGGAUCCUGGAAAUUAUUGUUCUAGGUGCUUCAACCUUGAAGUACAUGGCAAGGAGAAUGGAGAUGCUUCAGGUCCGGUUUGUGUAGCGGACCUCUGGACAAAGGGAACUGAGAUCCUGCUUCUUUUAGUUCAGAUGAAAGAUGAGAAGAGACCAAGGGAUAGUAGUUUGAUCAUCUAGAGGCCGGGUUGGCUACAAGGUGGCUGGUUUUUAUUGAUUUGUAAGUGGAUAACAUUGUUCUGUGCCGGCUCUAGUUGACAACCUCAGCCCCUCCAAACUCUGCCAAGAAAGUUGGAGACUAAACCAGAAAUUGAGGAGAACGAAGCUGCUGCUGGCAAAGGUUGUGCAGGAAGUUUCUGUAUGCCCCUGAGUGACGAUGCUGCUGAGGUGAAUGUGGAGUUUUGAGAUUUUCUGAGAGACCUUUCUUGCUUCAAUGUGGGGAAGUUGCUAUGUGCAGCCUUUUAGCCAACAUUUGGUUAGGAAGCCCGUGCAAGGCAAGUGCUCUGCUUGAGUUAAAACGGGCAAAUCUGUAUAGCGCCAAUCUUUCAUUUUUGUUGCCAGUACAAGCGCAUGUUCUUGAAGAUCUCAUCCUUUACUAGAAGGAAAAAGAGCAUAGCCAGCAAUUGUCUUCGUGUCGGUAUAGCCGUAUAAGUUCUUUGUGCCGUUGCACACUGUUAUUGUAUUAUUCUAAUUUGAUGCAUAAAGUGUUUUCUCAUCAAAACUUGAUGAAAAUGUGUGAGUUGGGAUAAAUUCGAUCUAAGUGGGGUCAGGUCAAGUUUAGACUUCUCUCAAAUUGACAAUCAUUCU